UUUACAAGUGCUUCACUACUUAGCUCAGCUGUGCCUCGAGCUUGGGCCUCAACAGACCAUCUCUCCAUAGUGUGGUGCAAAGAAUUGAUCCUGGCUACCAUCAGAGCUUUUUUUGAUCUCAUAGAUGAAAACACAAGGCAGAUAACUGAGGAUCCGAAGAAGAGAAUGGCCGUAUUGAACCACCACUUUGUGAGACACCCUGCAAAGAUAUUUGAGGAAAAUCCUGAGGCUUUGACAGAACUCACAGGAGCUUUCAUGUGGAUUACAGUCAAAGCCUCAAAAUGGACUUACUCAGUUUACAAUGACUCUGAUGGAAAAUAUUUCACAUUUCCUCUUGCAAGCCACAGAAAAUCAUACAGCCAUGUUUACUGUGAAAACAGUAUGCUGGACACAAGUAGCUGGAUUUAUGGCUGUAUGAACAGUAAUUCAUCAAUGUGCCUGGAAGCUACUGAUUUAUCCUGGAGAGCUGAGUUACUUCCAACCACCAAGGUUGUAAUACUGAAACUUCAGGACUACCUGUCUUUGUCCCACAUUGUCAUUCAGAUACCACCCACAGCUGGCAAUAAGUAUACUUUAGGCUGUGAAUUCUUCAAAGAGGAUUCCAGAACAGUACAGCUUCCUGUAACACACCUUCUUUCAUUUGGGUUUUCCUCAAGGAAAAUUCUAUUAAAUUCAAGUGGCUUAUUUUACAAUGUACAACUCCAGCACUUCAACCAAAUAUAUCAAGCUUUCAAAAUUUAUAUAGAAAGCCACUGCCAGUCACUCAAAGAAAGAAAACCUAGUGUUUACAGACUUCAUAUUCCCUGGUCACAUGAAGACUCAGUAACUGUAGUGAAAGUUCCAUCCCCUACUGAGAUUUCUGCAAAACUGCAUGUUGCUCAGCCUCAAAAUGACAGCAGGGUUCCAGAGUUAAACAUUUACUCGUCCUCAGACUGUCAGUAUGAAGUAAUUCUGAAGACAUCACUUUUACAGGUUCUUGGGCAGAUAAUAAGGUUCCAUGCUGGUGCUCUUCCUGUCUAUGUUGUUUCUAAUAUUCUUCUUACUUAUGGAGGACAAUUGAGCACACUGAUGUCAACAGGCCAGUGUUCAGACUUUUCCUCUGAACUAGUUAGGACGGCUAAACCCUACAAAGUAGAACCUCUUAUAAGCAUUGUUGUGUUUCUGCAGGGGUUUAACUGGUUUAGAGAGAUAUGGGAAUCACUGUCAUUGCCAGAGGUGGAUGCUGCUGUUCUGAGUAGUCAGGAUGCAUGGUUCCCCCUUGUGUCCCUGAUUCUAUUUCUUUUUGGGACAGGCAUUGCCUAUUGGAGUGGAGUAGUUUUCUCUACAUCUCUGAGACUCUUCUCUUCAGUAUGGUUAACUCUGAUGAGACCUACAGGACUUGAGAAAGAGAACAAGUUGAUUACAGCCAGGAGACUGUGCGGGGCGUUAUCCCUCGCUUUGGUUAGCUGGACCACUUGUGGUGCAUUUGCUGUAGUCAUCAUUUAUCUUCAGUACUUGUUUAAGGAUUCAGACUGCUCAAAAGAAACUUCACAAAACUCUAGCAGACACACAGUCAAAAACCAGAGUUCGAUGGACAGUACCUCAAAAGCAACUCAGCCUCUUUCCAACAGUACAGCAACUGCUGAAGCUGUUAACAGUCUUAAGCUACAUGUUACAAUUCUCAACUUAUUCACAUGGAUUGUGCUGCUCAACUUGCCAUCUUUAAUUUAUUGGUUAAAGAAUCUCAGGUACAAUGUUAGACUUGAUCCAGAUCCAUGUAGAUCUACAGCUAUAAUCCUCAUAUGCAUUUUAGAAAUUCUCAUGAAUUCAAGUACUUCUGAAGUGAAAUCAAGUAAACUCUUGAAGAUGGCAGCCAAAGUUCCACUCCCUUUGUCUGUUGCAAUGCUGGCCUUUGGACGAAUGCAUUUAUACAAAGUACCACACUUUGCAACCUUUUCUCUUCUCCUACAUGUGCUGUGUUGUUUUGUAUAA